AUGAGCUUGAGGUAUCCUCGGUAUAUCGAUGAUCUCGCGGAGAUAGGAUGUUAUAGUUGGGUCGCUGCUGUGCUGAGCUACAUGUAUCGAGGAUUCUGCCGAUGUUCUAUGGGUACGAGGGUAGAGGUCCCUGCAUUUUGCUCGCUCCUUCAGAUAUGGGUGUGGACUAGGUUAAGACCUUUUCAGCCCAUAUCAGCUCACCCUCCCGCUGACUAUCUUACUGUGCUGAUGCCAUAUGUGCGGAGAUGGUCGCGAGGCGUACGCCGACGUGCGGAGUCGUACCACAGCCUUCUCCCGUUUAGGGAUCAGCUAGACCGCAUGACGGCGCAGACGGCUUUUAUAUGGACGCCGUAUGAUCGUAUUUUGGAUGAGCUGCCGGCGUUUUGUAGGGCUGGUCAGCACAUGUGGAUGUCGCGGUGUCCAUUGAUACAUAUGGAUAUCGUUGAGUAUCACGUGCCCGACCGCGUGUUACGGCAGUUUGGGUAUGUACAAAAUAUACCCGCGGCUACGGAUUGGGAGCAUGACCACUAUGCGAUGGACGAGCGUGCGGGCGUCGAUGAUGCAUGGCGACUCCAUAUGCAGCGACGAGUUCAGAGUCGGGAUGAACUAUUCUCAAAACUCGCUGGUACCAAAUAUGGAUGUUGGUCAAUCCUCUCAGUUUGUGGAGUUGAUCAUUCUCCACACCAUGACAAAUGCUUAUGA